CAUCUUCCCCGAUACCUGCCAAUGCCAUGUUAAACAUAAUACAACACCGACACGGUCGAGGGUGACUGCUUCCAUGUGACGACGCGUCUUCCAACACAUCGGUGGCAGCACACACCAUGACCGGGAAACUGCAUCAUCACCCCCAUCACCACCACCACCAUCAUCACCAGAGCUGACAGGACACACACACGUUUGUAAAAGGUGCUUUAAUGCAAGAGAAGUCCCUUUCUAAAAGCACGUCACAGGAGUCUCCUCCCCUGGAUGAGGGGAGCAGGCGCCUGACUCAUCGCCCUUGACCAGAGAACAGGUGUAACUGGGAAUGAGGACAUUCUGUCCCGAGUCCCUCCCGGCUCCUGCCUAAAAAUCAAGACAAAGACAACGAUAAGCACCACAGUCGUCAUGCACACCUCCGCGCCCGACGCCGUGGCCGGGUACCCGGGCGGCGGCUACGCGCCGGACAAAGACGCCAAUGCGGAGACGACCCUGGGCGGCGCCUACUCCCCCGUGGACUACAAGAGCAUCACCAGCUUCCCCCGGCUGCCGGAGGCCGACGCCGCCGCGUCCGGGGAGCACGCUCUGACGGCACGCCAAGAGGACCACGGCGUCCUGAGCGAGCAAGACACAGACCCCGACGGGGUCCUGAAGUCGGGCCGCCUCCAGCGCGUCCCGUCCUCGGCGUCGGAGCUGGCCGGCCACGACCACGCGUCCCUGAGGGAGACCUCCAGGGACCCCUUCAGCUCCAGGGACCCCUUCCCCCAGGACUGCGCCUGCCAGAGGGACGAACUGACGGUCAUCAUCACGGCCUGCCUCAUCUUCGCCACCGGGGUCACCAUCGCACUCAUCAUGCAGAUCUACUUGGGGGACCCGCAGGUCUUCAGUCAGGGCGCCGUGGUGACGGAUGCGGCUCAGUGCACGUCCCUCGGCUUCGCCGUCCUGGGCAAACUCGGCUCCAGCGUGGACGCCGCCAUCGCCGCCGCCCUCUGUUUGGGAAUCGUCCACCCGCACACAUCCGGCAUCGGAGGCGGCGGCGUGAUGUUGGUGCACGACAUCCGCAAAAACGAGACGAGGGUCGUCGACUUCAGGGAGACGGCGCCGUCCGCCCUCAGCGAGGAGAUGCUGGGCACCGGACGCUACCUGGAGGUCAGGCCGCCGCUUCAUAUCCUGCCCGGCCUGCUGGUGGGAGUCCCGGGCAUGCUCAGUGGGAUGCAUCAGGCCCACGAGCUGUACGGCAGAAUGCCGUGGAAGGAUGUGGUUGCCAUGGCAGCAGAAGUGGCCAGAGACGGAUUCAAUGUGACCCAUGACCUCGCCGACGCUCUGGCGAAGGUGAAGGACCAGAACAUGUCGGCUGCGUUCCAGAACCUGUUCCUCCCCGGCGGCGAGUCUCUCUCGCCCGGGCUGCUGACCACGCGGCUCGACCUGGCGGCCAUCUUGGACGCCGUGUCGGCUCGGGGGCUGUCCGAGUUCUACGCCGGGAACCUGACGCGGGAGAUGGCGGCAGCGGUGCAGGCGAGCGGCGGCGUGCUCACAGAGGACGACUUGAGGAACUACAGCACCGUGUUGCAGCGGCCAGCAGAGAUCCACUACCAAGGACACCACGUGAUGGCGGCCUCGGCGCCGCACGCCGGCGCCGCCCUGAUCGCCGCCCUCAACAUCCUGGAGGGCUUCAACAUCAGCAGCCAGGUGCCCAGGAACAGCACCCACCACUGGGUAGCCGAGGCGCUGAAGAUCGCCCUCGCCCUCGCCAGCGGGCUGGGAGACCCCAUGUUUGACGCUUCCAUCUCCGAGGUCGUCGCCAAGAUGCUGAGUAAGUCCCAGGCCGCCGUCCUCCGCCAGAUGAUCAACGACUCUCAGGCCUUCCCCGUCGGCCACUACGCUCCGUCGUUCACCUUGGAGACGGGCGCGGCCGCCGCCCAGGUCAUGGUCAUGGGCCCGGAUGACCACAUCGUGUCGAUCAUGAGCUCCCUCAACAAACCGUUCGGCAGCGGCAUCGUGACGCCUUCAGGGGUCCUCUUGAAUAGUCAGAUCCUGGAUUUCUCCUGGCCAAACAAGACGCCGGGCUCAUCGCCGAACCCGCAUAACAGCCUGCAGCCGGGGAAGAGGCCCAUGUCCUUCCUGAUGCCCACGGUCGUGCGGCCCGCCGUGGGCAUGUGUGGCACGUACGUGGCCGUGGGAUCCUCGGACGGAGAGAGAGCCCUCAGCGGCAUCACGCAGGUGCUGAUGAACGUCCUGUCGUCGCAUAAGAACAUGAGCGACAGCUUAGCGUACGGACGACUGCACCCGCACCUGCAGCCCAACACGCUGCUGGUGGACGCUGAGUUCCAGGACGAAGACGUGGAGCUGCUGCAGGCCAAAGGUCACACGGUGGAGCGGAGAGACGUCCUCUCAUUGGUGGAGGGCACCCGGAGAACCAACGACCUCAUCAUCGGGGUGAAGGACCCGCGCAGCGCCGACGCCUCCGCCCUCACGAUGUCCGUCAUGCCCUAGUGCCCCCCCCCCCCCCCCCCCAAUAUGACCCCGAAUCACACAUAAUUAAGCAGAGGUGUUACACACGGGUGCUCGACGGCACGAAGUCAUCGCCGAGCACAGAAAUUAACGGAGAACAAAUUGUUUCUUUGCACGACAAAUAUAAAUAUAUAGAUAAAAACAUCUGAAGAAGAAGUAAUGACGCUCCACCGGUUGCAUGUUCAGCUUUGAAACCCUUGCGCUGCCUUCUUGCCGUGAGCUCACAGGUAAAUGAUACUCGCACCUCGUGGUUCAGCCUCGCUUUGUCUCCCCUGAAACCCGAGAGGCGGAGCCUCCCGCUCUCUCGCGGCGUGUAACUGUAACUUCGAUGUCGUUGUGGUGCAGCCGCUGGAGCUUUUAAAAAACAAAAACGUUGCGAUCAAAUGGCUCCUCUGGACCGUUUUCACUCUUUAUUUUACCCAACAUACGGGCAACCGGUUAAAUAUCACUAUUGAUGCCUGUAUUUAAAUCUAUAAUUUAUGACAUUUUGAAGCUUUUGCGUGAUUUUGUGCUCAUUUUAAGCUCGUCGCUUUUAUUUUUUGCAGGGAUAUUUUAUUUUUUAGACUGGGAAUAAUCUGAUUAUUUAACUGAUGGACUGAAUGUAAUGUCUGUUUUUAUAUGAACAUGUGUUAAGCUGUAUGAAUUAUUUCUACUGUUGUGACAAUAUGUGUUCGAUCGGCUCUUUUUAGACGGGGCUGGUUUUUGUUGCGUACUUAUUUUCGGAAGUGUAUUGGAUAAGGACCGCCUCAGUAAAGCAUCGUAGAGUGUGUCCCUGUGACUCCGGUGUUGGCCCUCGCUGAUUGAUCAAAUGAGCCUGCUGUUGGCGCUCGUGCAAUAUGACUGGAGGCCCGUUUCCUGAACCGUAGAGAACCGAACCUCGAAGCACACGCCUCGCCUGCUGUUUAUUUUACGUGCAUUUGUAUCUGAUUGGAAUUAUUAUUAUUUUUAAAUCAGCACCGUCCAGACCCGUAGAAAUAAAAACGCUGAAAAAUGUC